AUGCUGACCACCUGGAUCGAAGGCGCGGCUGAAGAACAGCUCGAUCUUGUCUCCAGGUUGGCCGGUGUGUCGCAUGUCGCCGCGUUUCCGGACCUCCACCCAGGCAAAUACGGCCCGGUCGGCAGCGCAAUUCUGGCUGACCGCAUCUAUCCUCAGCUGAUCGGCAACGAUAUCGGCUGUGGCAUGAGCCUGUUUGCGCUCGACCUGCCGGCCCGCAAACUGCGGCUCGACAAGGCCGCACAGAAAAUCCGUGUGCUGGAAGAACCGUGGCAUGGAGACCCCGGCGCUUGUCUUGCAGCUGAUGGCCUGCCGACUGAUCUUCAUCCGGUCGCGCUUGGGACCAUUGGCGGCGGCAACCAUUUCUGUGAAUUGCAGGAGCUCGACAGCUUGUCCGAUGAUUGCCUGCUUGCGGGCACGGAUAUCAGGAAAGGCGACCUGAUGCUGCUGGUGCACUCCGGGUCCAGAUCACUUGGCAUGGCCGUGUUCGGUACGGUUCUGGAGAGUUUUUCCGGGCUGGACCUCGACAGCACCGUCGGACGGACCUACCUGGCAGCGCACAACGACGCGGUUCGCUGGGCGAGCCUCAAUAGAAGGCUGAUUGCCGAAAGAGCCGCGCGUGCGCUCCGCUCGGACCUUCGGCUGGUUGCGGACGCACCCCACAACCUGAUUGAGGAGCACGACGACGGGCUUCUGCACAGGAAGGGCGCGGCAAAAGCCGACAUGCCGCUGGUUCCGCUCGCCGGAUCCCGGGAUGCCCUUAGCUAUCUGCUGGUGCCAAAGGCCAACAGGCCGGAGGCACUCGCCUCGCUUGCCCACGGCUCAGGCCGAAAAUAUGAUCGCCGGUCGAUGGCCGGUCGCGCCGGAACGACCCGUUCCGACCGGGACGGAUUGAUCCGGACAUCGUUUGGUGGACACGUCAUCUGCGAGGAUCGCCAGCUCCUCAUCGAGGAAGCACCGAACGCGUACAAGGAUCCUAACCAGGUGCUGGACGACCUGCGGACGUCCGAUUUGGCACAAUCUGUUGCAACGCUGAAACCGCUGUUGACGUUCAAGAAGGCGGUGAACCGGGAACUUGCAGCCGCGCGGCGGGACAAACACGGUGGCUGCGACGGCGCGGAUCCGUCAUCCGCGCUGGUUACACUGUCCGGAAACCAGAUACCGGAAUUCACGAACACCUGGAUCGGCACCGUCCAAUGGAUCUGUAAAAGCCCCUUCCGCGCACAUCACAGACGGCAGAACUGGUAUGUCGGCGUGUUUUCGAUCGACAAUUCGGACCUGCCGGAGAUCGAUCUGGAGACCAGUGCGCUCAGGAUCGAGACCUUCCGCUCCGGUGGUCCCGGUGGUCAGCACCAGAACACCACCGACAGUGGAGUCCGGGUCACACACCUGCCGACCGGACUGGUUGCCGUCUCCACCGACGAACGCUCACAACACAGAAACCGUAGAGUUGCCCUUGACCGGCUGGUGGCACGGUUCAUCCUCAAGCGAGAGGAGAGCCUUGCGCGGGACCGGUCGGCGCAGAACCAGUUGCACAGGAGGCCGCAGAUGAGGUUAGCAGCAAAGGAACGCCUGGCCUACGACGCCCUGCUUCUGGCAAUUGCAUCGGCUUUCAGCGCGGAAGGCCUUCACGAGACCACCCCGGUGCACUGCUUCGGCAGUCUCGACUGGGAACACUGGCAAGGCACCGGGCUUGCCGACGACGUUUCAAACAGCCUCUACACCACGGAGUUGCUCGGUCCGGACGGGCAUGUCCGGGACAACGAGGUUCGCGUUGGCCUGCUCGUCUCCGAGGCCGGGACCGACUACCCGCCUUCCAGCCACGCCGCGGAAGAAACAUACUUCGUGAUCGCCGGGAAGGCCGAGUGGGUUCUCGAAGGCGCGCCAUAUGGGCAGGACGGCACCCUGCUCGACUUCGACGCAACAUGGACCCCUGCCUACGAGGAAGCGGCGAGAUCGGAGGCCGGGUCGCUGCUUGCUGCGGGCAAUUCUGAAGAAAUCGCCGAGGCCUGGAUAGCCGGAGGUGCGGACUUUGGCCUCGCGGAUCUGACCACUGAGCUCGACCGCAUAUUUGUGUCCAAAAUGCAUGAUGCCGCCCCUCUGCCUGGCAUUCGAGAGGCAGUGGAUGCGCUCCUGGCGCGUGGCUUCAGGCUGGGGGUUGCUUCAAGCGACAGCGAAGCUGCAAUCCGCGCCUUUCUGGAGGGCACGAACCUUGCACCGAAAUUCGACUUCGUGACGGGGUAUGACACAGGUCACGGUCCCAAACCUGAACCCGGCAUGGUGCAUGGAUUUGCCGACGCGAUCGGCGUUCCCACGUCUGGAAUUGCGGUUAUCGGCGACAACACCCACGACAUUGAAAUGGCUCAUGCUGCCGGUGCCGGCCUGACGAUCGGGGUUCUGACGGGAACGAGCGCACGGCAGGAACUUUCGCCGCAUGCGGAUGUUGUUCUGGAAAGUGCAGCCGACCUGAUCGGGUUUUUCCCCUGA